UUUUUGCUUAUUUUACCCGUUUCUCUCUGUUUUACUAAGUCGAUAGGUUGGUUGAACAAACAUGUUCCAAUUUCGUUCAAAGUUACAUGGUUUAAUGAAGGAACUCACGCAAAGCGUUUCUAAUCGUUACUUACAUGUCGAGCGGAAAGUCAAAGUAAAUGACCUUGACAUUAACAUUGUCGAGGGCGGCAAAGGUGAAAAAAGUGUUCUGUUGAUGCCCGGUGCUUUGGGAUCCAGUUGGACGGACUUCAAGCCGCAAAUUGAAGAGCUGCCAAAGUUGCUGCCAAAUUACACAGUUAUUUCCUGGGAUCCGCCUGGCUAUGGCAAAUCCAUACCGCCAAAAAGGAAAUGGGGUUUAGAUUUCUUUCAAAAUGACGCCCGCUGUGCAGUGGAAUUAAUGAAGGCUCUCAAGAGACCGAAAUUUUCCAUAAUUGGCUGGAGUGAUGGAGGCAUAACGGGUUUGAUCGCUGCCGGUCGAUAUGUAGACAACAUAGAGAAGUUGAUCAUUUGGGGAGCUGGUGCUUAUCUGAUACCUGAUGAAGUGAUAGCCCUUCAUAAAAUGAAAGAUGUGAAUAAAUGGUCACCUCGGAUGCGCGAACCCAUGGAAAAGGUUUACGGGGAGAAAAGAUUUGCCGAACUAUGGAGUGAAUGGGUGGACGCUGCCUCAGCUUUCUAUGGAGAACGUGAGGGCGAUUUUUGUAAGCAAGAGGUUGAAAUGAUUAAAGCGCCCACUUUAAUAUUGCAUGGAAAAAAAGACCCAAUGAUUGCUGCUGAGCAUAUACCAUAUCUGCGAGAACACAUCAAGGGGGCAAGGUACCACGAAUUUCCGGAGGGAAAACACAACAUACAUCUACGCUACGCGGAAGAAUUUAACAAACUUGUUGCACAAUUCCUAUCGGAAAAUUGAAACAGAAAUUAUGUGUUUUUUUUUUGUAAAUAAUACAAAUUGUAUUUGUACAUAGAAAUCCACACGUUAUCAUUUGUCUACAGAAACGCAUAAUCUCAUUUACUACAGUUGUGUAUGCUCUCCCAAAGCAUCGACUGAAAAUGUAAAUGCACUCCUUUAGAUUUACCUAUCUAGUUAUUUCUUAACGAUACACAUUUGUCAAUUGCUUGUAUCUACAUUUGCUGUUCCUUUGUUUUGUUUUAGCUUUUGUACUUUGAUCAAAGAAGCAAUAAAAUUGAACUUUGUUAAAGGCCAAA